AUGCCGUCCAAAUCAUCAGGACGCAUCACAAAGGCGUACAAAAACUCGACACCCCAUCAGAAAAAUCACCGGUUCGAGACCUUCACCAACAAGAUCGCCAAAUUCAAUUCUCUCCAACCGCUUCGUAAAGUCCGCCGUCAUGAUCUCGACAACGAGGACGAUUCUGCCGCCACCUCGUAUUUUCGGACCGGCCUUCAGAAAUGGAGCGAACUGAACAUAUCCAAGGGCUUCGUGUCCUUCAAGCGCGAGGUCCUGUCCCUGUCCGAGAGUCUGCCGCAGAUCCUCCACUUCGAGAAGCGCAUCAUGGAGUCUCUGGCCAAGUACAUUUCCAUGCACGACAAGGAGGCCCUCGAGCCACUGCUCGACCUCCUGACCGCCUUCGCCCACGAUCUGGGCGUCCGCUUCGAGAAGCACUACCCCAGGAGCCUGGGUCUCAUAGUCGACAUCGCCGGCAGGCCGCAGGACGCCGACGUGAUCGAGUGGACCUUUGCCGCCCUGGCCUUUCUCUUCAAAUACCUCUCCAAGCUUCUCGUCCCGAACUUGCUGCCGACCUUCGACACAGUCUCCCCCCUGAUGGGAAAGACCCGCCACCCUCCACACAUUGCCCGCUUCGCUGCCGAGGCUCUCAGCUUCCUGGUCAAGAAGGCCGGCGCGCCCUCUCACCGUGCCACCUCACUCCCGAGCUUCGUCGCCCACGUCAAGUCGGACCUCAGCGACCUGGCCGGCGACCGCCAGUUCACCCUCUACCAGGAUGGCGUCAUGACCAUGUUCGCCGAGGCCAUGAAGGGCAACGAGAACACGCUCCAUUCAGCUGGCCCUGCCAUCUUCGUCGCCCUCCUGGACUCCGCCUUUGACGAUGACGAGCCCGACAGCUCGACCGCCACCCGGAACGACAUCUGGAGCGAUGUCGUAUGCGGCGUGCUCACCAGCGUCAUCCACCAUUCCACCUCGACCACCUUUGCCGAGCUCGAAGAGGCCAUCCUCCAGAACAUCACCUCUGGACUUGAUAGGUUUGGCGAUGAUGGCAACUGGUGGACCCUGCGGCCCUACAUCAAGGUCCUCGGCACCAUGGCCGGUGUCCGCAAGGGUUCCAGAGUCAGCAGCUGGUCCGGAGUCACCGAUGCCCUCGUCGGCAUGCUCGAGAAGAUUUCAAAACGUGACGACGACGCCGCACAAAAAGACCCCGCCGUCAUCUGGAGGGACAUUCUGGUACCCACCGCCAUCACGUUGCACCACGCGCCCCUGGAGGCCGUGGUGUCGCCGAUGGAAGAGGUUCCUGGAUACCUCAUGUGCGGGCCGCUGAUGAGGUGCUUCAUCCCCUUCUGCUCCUACUUCUGCGACCUCAACGCCUCGCGCUUCGGCAGCAUGCUGCGGGCGGACUUCCAGAAGUUCAUCGCCGGUCACUGGUCGCAGAGCGGCAACCAGGAUCUCCUCUGCGUUCUCAUCCCGCGGAUGAUUGGAAAGGACGGGUUCGCACCCCCGGGAAGGCGAGGGAGCUGCACACUACCCCAGGCAUGGCAGGACCAGAUCGUCUCCAAGUUUGAGAACCUCGAGAUCUCGCCAUUCCCCGAACGUGGCCCGUACAACAAGGACCCCCAAGUCUGGAGGGACGAAUGCCUGCCCAAGUAUUCCGCACUUCUACGGCUGCUCGAGCUCACGACGGUCCACCCGUCGACCAACGCCCGUAUCGCCGAGCUGCUGCUGAGGAAGCUGAAGCUUGCCCUUCGCCCGUCGUCGACGCUGGCCUCGGACGAGGUCCACUUCAUCGUGAGCCAGGGAUUCCACGCCUACCUCAGGAUGAGCAAGCCUGGGAAGUCGGUCGACGCCUCCCUCAGCCCUCUUCUGAGGGCCGCCGUGCCUCGGUUCGCCCGCUCCGUCGGCUUCCUGGAGGCAUACAUCGCUUACGAGGAGCACCUGCAGGAGUCUGACGGCUCCAAGGACCACGACGAGCCCUCCAGCGAUGGCUCCACCCUAGACGAAGACCCCGUCAUGACGUCGCUGGUGGAAAAUCUGUGCUCUCCGUCGCACGAGAUUCGACUGUCGUCUCUGAAGCUGCUCAAGCGGAUGAACCACCUCGGUGAGCUCGCCAACUUGGUGGACAACAUGAUUGAAAUUGAGCAGCUGCCCCUGUCCCUGAGCCAUGUCCGGACGAUUGCCAUGCUCCUGCGCAACCUUGGCCAGAAGUAUUCCUCCUUGGACGAAUCCACCUGGCUGCACAGGGGCGUGCCUAGCUUCCUCUUCGGCAUGCUCACCGUCAAGCUGUCGCCUGUAUGGGACAACGCCACCGAGUCGCUGGGCCAGAUCUGCCAGACCAGGACAGGCGAGGAAGUUGUCAGCAACCUUGCUUUCAAGUGGCUUGCCGUCCCCUCUCCCCGGUGGACCCCUUCUACUUCCGACAACCUCGCCAGCAACAGACGUGUCGUCACCUAUUUCGACUGUACGCUGCUCAACAGCCUCCAACGACAGGCCGAUGAGGUCUGCAACGUCAUGGACACUGCCGUCGACAUCAUGCUGCGCGACUUUGACGAGCAGCAGCGGACCCCCGACGCCCUCGCCCCCAACGCUAGGACACGAGCUCUCAAGGUGUUCAACGCUCUCCCUUCGGUCGCCGAGAAGCGCUCGCGUCGACUGGUUCCACACUUCCUCCCCUGGGCACUAGAAGACCAAGCCUCGCUACCGGACGAUGUCGAGUUCGACCACUCUUACUGGUCCCUGGCCGACCGCAAGGCCAUCCUGGGCGUCAUCUCGCAGUUUAUCAACCCCAGGGUCCUCUACCUCCAUGAAAAGGUCUAUGAUGGCCUUCUGGAGCUCAUGGAGAAUGGUGAUGUCGAGUUUCAGAAGCUCACUCUCAAGGCGAUUCUGGCCUGGAAGCAGGAGGGAGUCAAGCCUUACCAGGAAAACCUCGAGUUCCUGCUGGAUGACGCUCGUCUGAAGAACGAGCUCACCGUGUUCCUCCAGGGCGAGAUCGUCAAGCCAGAGCACCGAGCUGAGCUGAUGCCCGUGCUGCUCCGUCUCCUCUAUGGUCGUAGCAUCUCCAAGAAGGGCGCCGCGAGUGGAAAGCACGGUCUCCAGGCGACGCGCCUGACGAUCCUCAGGAACCUGACCGUCAAGGACACGGGUGCCUUCCUCGACAUCGCCUCGGGCAAGCUCAGCAAGGUCAGGGUCAUCAACACCAGCACGGCGCGUGACAAGCUUUUUGCGCAGCCCAUCAUCCCACCCAGGAAGCAGGUCGGUUUCCUCAACAUGGCGUCUUCACUGAUAUCCGAGCUUGGCACCAAUGUCAUGCCCUACAUGGAGACGCUGCUGAACACUGUCCUGUACUGUACUGUCUUUGCCUCCAGGCAGCUCACGGGUAUGACUGCGGACGCGCCGGACCUGGACCCCGAGGACACCGAGAAUGCCGGCUCGCACUCUCUCCACAGGAUCACGCGUUCGACGGGUAUCAAGUGCCUGAUCACGCUCUUCCAGAACGCCCAGGGCUUUCAGUGGGAACCGUACCAUGGCAUCAUCGUGGAGGAGAUCGUGGUCCCGAGGCUCGAGAACCUCCCGACCGAGAUGUCGCAGGGUGUCUCUGGUGUCUUGCAGCUGCUAUCAACAUGGUCGGCUCUCCCCAGGGUUGCGCUCUUCCUGGGCCCGCACGGCCAUGCACUCCCUCAGGGCAUCCUGCCCAAGGUUAUCGAGUGCCUGGCUGCCGAGAAGGCCAAGGACGAGGUGAGGGUGUUUAUCCUCGGCAUGAUCAGGAACCUGGUGCGGCUGGCGCAGGCCCCCGCCGAGGAGUCGGAAUUCAACGAACUCAUCCAGGUUGAACUGCUAGACUCUAACGCCGAGGCCAUGCUGGGUGCCGUCACUUUCAUCCUGCGCACCCUCACCGCCAGCAGUGACCUUCUCGAGGCUGGCGUGGAGGCCCUGCUGUCGCUCGCCGGCGUGCUCCGAGAGCCGCGCUGCAUCGAGUCCGUGCUCCAGAUAUGCUCCUUCCUCCUGAAGCAGCCUCCUCGGCGGGUCAGCCCCAAGACCAAGGGGCGUCUGCUGCUCGUGGUCGAGAACUUCGUUGCCCUGGUCGACACCUCUGAGCAUCGCGAACUUUGCAACGACGUCUACGACACGCUGGCCUCGCUUUUCAGCUAUUUCAGGGACAGGGAGAACCGCCAGGCCCUAUGCCGGGCCUUGGCUGUCGUCUCGAAGAACGGCUCCGAGGGCGAGGGCGUGGACGUGGCCGAGAUCUGCGCUGGACUCAACUCGUACAAGGAAGGGCGCAUCGAUGAGCCGGACUACGACAGAAGGCUGGCCUCCUUCAAUGCCAUUUCGGGAGACAGGGAGGUGCCUCUUACCCCGCGCGAGUGGUUACCACUCCUGCACAACUGCCUCUUCUUCAUCAAGGUCGACGAGGAAUUCGGCGUUCUCUCCACCAACUCGGCGGACGCCAUGCGACGCUUCGUCCAGGACGCCGUCAGGUGCAGCCGCCAGUGUGGAUCGACCAAGGUCGCGUUCCAGUCACAGCUGACCGACAUUCUGAUGCCGGCAAUCUACGCCGGCGCCAGGGAGCUGUCAGACACGACACGCCGAGAGAUCCUGCGCGUCUUCGGCUUCAUCCUGAGGAGCAUGCCCGAGUGGGAAUCGGUCAAGGACAUGGGUGGGCUGCUCGCCGAUAUCGAAGAGGACGCGGCAGAUCCUCCUUUCUUCUUCAACAUCCUCAGCCCUGCCGUCUCACGACAGCUUGAGGCUCUCCAGGUGCUGGAGAAGGCCAACGCAGCGCAGGAGAUCGGCAGCCAGAACAUCGCCCAGUUCUUCAUCCCGUUGCUCGAACACUUCCUCUUUGACCGGGAGGAGGGAGGAGACGAUCGUGGACUGAGCGCCCAGGCGACCAACGUCAUUGGCGAGAUCGCAAAGUCUCUCCACUGGAAGCACUACCGGACAACGCUGCAGAGGUACAUCAGCUACGUCGCCUCCAAGCCCGACCACCAGAAGCAGACGAUCCGACUCCUCGGCAAGUUCACCGACGCGCUCGUAUCCUGCGUAGAGGGGAAGCCCGCCGAUUCUAUGGAGGUUGACGAGGUCGGCGACGGGUCCUCCUCCUCUACUGUCCGACGGUUGACCUUGACCGUUCCCAAGCAGGAGCAGCUGUCGACGGAGAUUGCUAACCAUUUCCUCCCGACGCUGAUGAAGCAUCUGCAUGAGAAGGACGAGUCGGAAGUCAGCUACCGAGUGCCGGUCGGUGUCACCAUCGUAAAGCUUCUGCGGCUCUUGCCCCCCGAUGACAUGAAGCAGAGGCUCGCAGGAGUCUUGACGGAUAUCUGCCACAUCCUGCGCAGCAAGGCCACGGAGUCCCGGGACAUGGCACGAGACACCCUGGUUCAGAUCGCUACAAUCUUGGGCUCGUCCUUCAUCGGUUUCAUCCUGAGAGAGCUUCGGGGUGCCCUGACGAAGGGUUACCAGCUCCAUGUCCUGUCGUACACGGUGCACUCCAUUCUAGUCGCCGUCAUCCCCGGCUUCGAGCCAGGUGACCUGGACUACUGCAUCCCCAGCAUCGUCAACGUCAUCAUGGACGACAUCUUUGGCGUCAUCGGUCAGGAGAAGGACGCUGAAGGCUACAUCACCCAGAUGAAGGAGGUCAAGAGCAGCAAGAGCCAGGAUUCCAUGGAGCUUGUCGCCAAUAACGCGUCCAUCACGCGUCUCAUCGACCUCGUCCACCCGCUGCAGGCACUGCUGAUGCAGAAAGUUGAUCUCAAGAUGAUCCGGAAGAUCGACAUCCUCUUGGGCCGCAUCUCCACCGGUCUCCUUCGGAACCGGGCGGCCGAGAGCCGUGACACCCUCGUCUUCUGCUACGAGGUGAUCCAGAGCGUCUACCGGAGCCGGGAGCCGGAGGCCCCUCAGAAGCUCGACCCUCGAGUGCGCAAGUACCUCGUCCAGAAGGGUGCCAAGAAGGGCGAUCGCGGCCAGACAUCGAGACACAUGUACAAGCUUUUCCGCUUCGCCCUCGACACCUUGAGGUCCAUGUUCAAGAAGCACGACAGCCUCCGCACCCCGGAGAACCUGUCCGGCUUUAUCCCCCUCCUGGGAGACGCCAUCAUCGAGGGCGAGGACGAGGUCAAGGUGUCGGCCUUUAGGCUCCUUGCCGUCAUCACCAGGGUCCCAUUUGAGGGCGAUGAGGGGACGAACAUCUACAAGGUGGCGGUCAAAGAGGCCGCCAAGAGUGUGUCGACGUCGGUCUCGACUACGACCGACCUGUCGCAGGCGGCGCUCAAGAUGCUCGCCGUGGUCCUGCGGGACCGCAGGGACGUGGUGAUCAAGGACCACGCUGUGGACAUGCUCUUGGGCAAGCUAAGGGAUGACCUCACGGAGCCGCAGUACCGCCACGUCACCUUCAACUUCCUGCGGUCGGUCCUGGAGCGCAAGGUCGAGACGGCCGACGUGUACGAUACCAUGGACUACGUGGGCACCGUCAUGAUCACCAACGACGACAAGGACACGCGCGACCUGGCCCGCGGAGCCUUCUUCCAGUUCAUCCGCGAGUACCCCCAGAAGAAGGCGCGCUGGGAAAAGCAGCUGGAGUUCAUUAUUGCCAACCUCAAGUACGACCGCGAGGGCGGUCGCCUCUCCGUCAUGGAGAUGGUCCACCUGCUCUUGAUGAAGUCGUCGGACGACUUUGUCCAGGAGGUCGCGGCGUCGUGCUUCCUACCCCUGUUCAUGGUGCUGGCCAACGACGAGAGCGACAAGUGCAAGCUUGCCGCCUCGGAGCUGCUCAGGGAGACGUUCCGCCGGGCCAGCAAGGAGCGUGCAUCCACCUUCCUGGCCCCGCUCCGGCAGUGGCUCGACAACAAUAACCUUUCCGUUGUGCGGCUCGCGCUGCUGGUUUGGAGCUACUACUUUGAGUCACACGACGGGGCGGACAAGAACGAGAAGGACUUCAAGCUGGCGUACGGCAAGAUCAUGGAGCUCCUGGGCGCCGAGGACCUCGGCGACGUCGACGGCUACCUGGUCGAAGCGGCGCUGAGCCUGGUCAAUGUUCUACUCGCAACCUUCCCGAAAAAGAUCCUCUCUUCCGCGAGCGAGGACCUCUGGACGCAUGUCGGACGGUGCAUGGGACACCCCCACCCGUCCGUCAAGCUGGCUGCCAUCAAGCUCAUCAGCCUGUACCUGAACGACUUCGCGCAGAACAUGGACGGCAGCGUAUCCGGCCAGAAGGCCGAGGCCGUCGGCGGGAGCUACGGGCUAACGCUGGGCCAGGACAAGGUCGAGGACCUGGUGCGCCUGGCGCUCAACAUCCUGAACGGGCACGAAGUCGAUGAGGCACUCGCCACCGAGGCGGGCCAGAUCCUCAUCUUCCUCGGACCGCGACUCCCGACACCCACCGCCGUCGUCGAAGACGUGCACGUGGAUGGUGUCAAGGCAGGCGAGCAGGAGGACGAGGAUGAGGACGACGGUGACGAGAGGAAGGAGGACGAGGAGCAAGAUCAGGAGACGCAGAAGAGGAAGAGGGAGAAGGACCUGCAGUACCUGUUCUGGAGGCUGUCGCACAUCCUGCGCAAGGAGAUCCGACCGCGCGCGGCGGCCAUCGUGCCCAAGACGGUGGCCAUGGAGGUGCUGGAGACGGUGUGCCGGCGGUCGUCGACGGAGCGGCUGGGCCCCUGCUUCAAGACGAUACUGGCGCCGCUGCACAACCUGACAGACUCGACGAUCCGCCCCCCUCAGACGAUGGACGAUGUCUUCACGACCAGGCACGAGCACGUCAAGACGCGGGCGCAGAUCCUCAUGGACUCGCUCCAGAAGAAGUUCGGCACGGCCGAGUACAGCAGGCAGCUGCUCGACAUCCGGGAGGAGGUGCGCGACAAGAGGCAGGCCCGGGCGGCCAAGCGCAAGAUCGAGGCCAUCACCCAGCCCGAGAAGCACGGGCGCGACAAGCGCAAGAAGUUUGAGAAGAACCGCGAGAGGAAGAAGGUUCGGUCUUCGGAACAAAAGGCGUCGAGGCAGGCUUACAAGAAUUGGUGA